AUGGCUUUGCCUCGUGGAUAUUUUUUUUUUCCUGUGUUCUCAUUUUCCUGUAUUUUUUGCUAUAAUGGGAAGCAAUUUUUAUGAUUUAUUUAGUUUCAAUUGGCAUGGGUAUUGAUAUGUAAUGGUUUGAAUGUUUUUUGUUGGUAGUAUAUUGGCGGAAUUUCGUUUUGAUUUUUUCUUUUUCGACUUUAAGAAUAGGUUGUGAAAACCGUUGUGGAGAUGAAUAUGGGUUUAGUUUAUUGGAUUUUUCUUCGAUGCUUGCUGUUGAAGAUGACUGGUUUUCUUUCAAAUUUGCUUUCAUGUGUUUUAUUGUCGUGGGGCUAUUUGUGGGGCAAGAUAGCUUUUGCCUUGUGGUUAUCUAGAUUUUUCAUUUUCCUGGGUUCCUCUUAUUUUGCAAUUUUCAAUUGUAAGGUCGGAUUUCAGAGUCCUUUGUGGAAAGGUUUAAUGUUUGUUACGAACCAAAAAAGGCCGCUCUUUUUUUCACCCACUGGGGAACUUGAUGUGAUAAUUGAUUUUGCGGAAAUAGAGAUGGGUUCUGCUUGUCUGUUCUGUUUUUUAUUUCCUUUCUUGCUUUUGAUUUUGGUGUAGAUUUUUGUUGGUGGUCUUGUUUGUUAUGCAUGCUUACUGCAUAACAUUAUUCUACUCUAAAAGUGCUCCUCCUUGGCAAAGUGACUCCUUUUUAUUGGUAUACCACUUUUGACAUAUAUUAUAUGUUGGUUGAAGCCUAUACUGUAGUAGUGUUGAAUAUGUGUCAGAUGUUCGAAGUGGUUGCUUAAUGCCGUGGCUUUCAGUUAGUGAUACUGAACUUUGUCUGUCAUGUGUUGCAUGACCUGAACAUGUUAUCUUGCUGUAUUGUGGCCAUGUUGUUUCUACUUUUUGUAUGAGCACAUUGAAGAGAUCGAUAGAAUCUUUUGAAGAAGCAAGGCUGAUGUUUAUGUUCCUCAGACUGGGAAAUAUAUCAUUUCAAGUAGCAUUGGAAAAGAUUCUGUAUCCUCUCAACAACUACGAUCUUUUGACAAGCGGGGAUGUCUUAUUUACUUUGCCGCUCUCAAAUAUUGGAAUUUGAUGUGCAAGGUUGUCUGUCUAGCACUCUUUAGUUAAAGUUUUAUGCAUUUGGAGGUGGUGUUAAAUGUCAGAAGGUGAAAUGGCAAUAAUCAAACCCGAGGUCAUGAAAUCUUAUAUUUGGCUCCAAACUGCUGAUGGCUCAAUACAACAAGUGGAAGAAGAGGUUGCCAUGUUUUGUCCCAUGAUAUGUCAAGAAAUAGUUCAGACUGGCAUGGGAUCUUCAAAGAAUUAUGCUAUUUCACUACCACAAAGGGUUAAUCCAUCCAUUUUGAGUUUAAUACUUGACUAUUGUCGGUUCCAUCAAUUACCAGGUCGCUCAAAUAAGGAGCGGAAGUCUUUCGAUGAGAUGUUCAUUCGGAUAGACACAAAAAGAUUAUGUGAGUUGACGUCUGCUGCUGACAGCCUCCAGUUGAAGCCUUUGGUUGAUCUUACCAGUCGUGCACUUGCACGCAUGAUUGAAGGGAAAACUCCUGAGGAGAUACGUGAGACAUUUCAUUUGCCUGAUGAUCUUACUGAGGAAGAAAAGCUGGAGCCUUUGAGAAACACAGCUGAUGAUCUACGAAUCCGACUAUUGAAUAGGCUUUAUGCCAGAAAGAGAAAGGAACUUAAAGAGAAAGAGAAAAUGAAACAGAAUGUUGAAGUAGAAGAGGAGCAUGUGGAUGAACGCUCCGUUGAUGAUCUCUUGUCAUUUAUCAAUGGAGGUGAUGGAGGUUCCAAGGGGGUUAGAGCUCCUAGACAUAAAAAGAAAAACCGAAGAAGAAAAGACCAUUUAAAUCCUUCAUCAAACAAUCUAAAUCAAAACCACAAGGAGAUGGAUGGCCUCACUUCUGCAUGCCGUAAAGAAGAUGAGUCUGGAAAUGUUUUUAUGGUCAGUCGCAGUAAACCAGCUAAAUUACCAGUUUCAGAUGAUGGCUUUUCACCUAAGGUUGAGUUUGAUGAUUGUGAUAUUGACGAUGAACUCGACCCUGCGAUGAAGGAAGAAAUUGAUAGGGAAGUGGAGGAUUUCGCCAGGAGAUUGAAUUCAGACUGGCCAGAGAGGAUGCAAGAGAUUCUAUCUUUGGGUCAAGAAAGAAGGCUUGGACUAAUAUCUAUGAAUGGCAAUGGUUCCCUGCAAAGAUAUGCAACAUGUGCUUGCUGGUUUAUUUUAGCAGGCCUGGAUAGGAGAUGAACCUACAGCAUUUGAGAACAGCCAGCAGGUAAACAGUUUUCAUGAGACGUUUACAAAGGUGGCACAUGAUGGCGCAAUGCGAUUGCCAUUAAAAUGCAGACAAAAGCAAGGUGUAAUUGUUCAUCUGAUGGGGACUGAAAUCAGGGAGAACCAAGAGGUGAGGAAGAGGUAUGGAUCUGCUAUGUGCGAGAGGAGAAGAGGAAGUAGUGGUGAAAGAACCAGAUCUUCAAGGGCUAGCUGGGUUAUGCUUUUAAGGUGUAGUAGAAUUGAAGAUAAAGUACAGCCCUAGUCUGUGGUUGCCCUUAACUGAGAGUGACCAUGAAUCAGGGGAAGUGCAUCAUCAUAUGAUUCUAUAGUUUUAUAGGGUACAAACCUGGAGAUGUGUUGUUCUAAGCACAAUUGUUGAGUAAUGGGGAUUGUUGAGGUUGAAUUUGAGAGAUGUAUUGCCUUAUCAUCGAAACAACCAGUGAUGCAUUACCCCAAGUGUAAACUGUAAGGUUUUCUAUCUGUUUCUUCCACCACAAAUAUGGAUCUGUAUUUCAUCUUGGAAUCCCCAACGGAAAUGCUCUUGGAAUUUUCAUACAUGUAGUUCGUAUUAGUAUUUUCACUAAUCUUGGUUAGUUGUAAGAGUGUUGGUGGGUACGGUUCUGUUUGAACAGUUUGGUUGGAUUUUGUUUAUGUUGUAAUUGACACAAAACCCAAGUCAAAUCGAUUAUUAGAUGGUUCCAAGUGUCUAAA